CAAUUUAAUUUUGUAUCCAAGAAUAGUUUCAAAACAAAAGAGCGUUACGAAAAAAAAAAAAAAUGUCAGGAGUUUACGAUGUAAGUACCAUAAACCUUGAUAUACCGAAAAUCAUCAUCAUGUUAUCUGUUUAAGAUAGGCAUGAAUUUUUUUAUCUCUUACGACUACUAUUAGCCUGAUGAUGACCGAAUUCAUAGCUGACCAACUUAUGUAGAAUUUAUUUUGGCUUAACUUCGCCGCUAGCCCUCGUUAGCGUAAAACAUGAUGUCCCCAAUCAAUCAUAAUCAUGUCAUAUGUGAAUACACUAUACUUAAACUAUAGGCAAAUACAAGCUUUAAAACACAUGUGAUGGUGGUAGAAUUUACGAAUGCAAGCUUAUAACAAUAAUUAUUUAGUAAUAAUGCGGCUAAUGCUUGAUUUUUAGAGUAAGUUUUAAUAAAUAAUGUGGAAGAAAUUAAUGAUCAUCCCAAUCCAUUGUUAGUUCAGAAUGUUAGGCCUAGUUGAAGUAGUUGUUAUUGAUCUCUAAUUAUCUGAGGUCAACUAGAUGUUAUUUUCUUUAAAGCUUAGUGCAAGAAUUAACAUCUAUUAAUCAGGUAUUGUUAGAAAGGAAAGCAGCUAAAAAUUUUAAUUUCUUCAAAAGGAAGAGCCAUGUUCUGGUUGCAUCCAAAGGAUAAUAAAAACUAGGCACUUCAUUGAAAGAGGCUGAAUAAAAGCAGGUUUUUAUCCAUCAGAGCCAUUGUUUAUGCCUUAGGGUGAGUUAAGCCUAAGGUAUCAAUUACAUCCACUUUGACUGUAACUCAUUAAGAAGACUUAAAUUUAAGGUUUCUGGCCAGGAAAACACUGGGGAAACCUAUCUUUUAGUGAAAUUCUUAAGGGUAGGCAUUAAGGGCACUCAUUCUGUGUGUGCCUUAACAGCUUUACUGCAGUACGAGUUUCUCAUUUGGGCGUCAAUAGGCUUGGUCCUUUGGAUUGUGUGACUAUAUAAACUUGUUCACAAGUCGACUUUUUAUGGAAAUAUUUCAGGGGUGGUUGACUUAUGAGUGGGUUGUAAGAGAUUUUUAAUAAUUUUAUCCAGGUAUACAGUUUCUUUUAAAGAAAACAAUGAUGAAAAAAGUAAUAAAACAUAAUGCAACAUAUAUUUAUAUGCAAAAUGGGGUAAUUUGUCUUCAUUUUGAGCAUGGUUACCGGUAAACACGCAAAGCAAACCUGUGGUUUACAUAUUAAUAUUACUGUUUUUUAAUAUGAGUUUUUAAGUAUUUUUACUUACAAAAUAAACAUUUUUAAAAGAAAUAAAUUAAUUUUGUUGUAUCAUAUUGCUUCUACAGGCAUAUUAUUUUAUUUUAUGGAGUCGGCUUAUUACACUUUUUCCUGCCAAAACUUAGUUUGUCAGCUUAUGAAUGAGUACAAAUGAUACGUGGGAAAAUACCCUAUGACAAGUUUCAAAUUACAAAUAGGAUCAGGGCUGAAUAAGCUCCACUGGGCAAUUUGUACCCGGGAUCCCUGAGGCCCAAGGGAGCCUGGCUGAGACUUACUAUAAUAAAGUUUUAAUAUCUAAUAAACAAUACAUAGAUGGUUAUGGGUCCUUAUGUUGGCUGUACCCAGGACCCACAAUGUGUUGUCCCUGGAUAGGAUAACACUAAUGAUGCAUGGAUUAGCCGGUUAAUAAUCGCUAAUUUUAGAUGAUAAAUUGUUCAGACUUUUUACUACUUUAAUUGUGUUUUUUUUAAAAUGUUUUGUGUAUGGCUCAUUAUUUUGAUAUUUCGUACUUUGUAUUAUUAAAAUUCUAAACUGACAACUUUGUCACACUUUUACUUUCAUUUUGCCAGAAAGUUAUAUUUAUAUCUAACUGAAACUGGAAAAGUUUAGACAAUUAAAUUGGGUUUGGGAUCAGGAAGCUUAAAAAACUUUUAACAAAACAGCCUGUGGAGCGCAGGCAAACACUUUUUGUUUGGAGUUUAUUUUUAUUGCUUUAAAGCCUAGGGGAAGGCAUGUUGUCCACUUUGUCCUAUGUGUAAUAAUCUGACUUGGGAAUAGUUGAAGCAGGUAAUUUUGUUAAAAUAACUAUAAUGAACAACUUCAUUUCUUUUAAAAUUUAAGUCCUACAAUAAAAAUUUUUGUUUCAUUUCAUCCAUUAAAUAUUGAAAUAAAAAGUUAAAAGUUUGUCAUGGCAAUAAUCAAACAAUUAAUAUGACAAUAUUUAAAAGACACUCCUUAAGGAGCUUUAUACACCCCAAAAAAUUAUUUAUUGUUAAUUUAUAUCUUUAAGAUUAAAAGUAUUGUUUUCAAAUUUUAUUUCUUCUAUUAAUUUUAAAUUAAAUAUUUUUGUAAUUGCUACUUAACUUAAAUGCUUUAAAUUGGAGCAUACACCUGCAACAAUAUAUUGAUAAAAUCUCUAUACAAAAAUGUAGUUUGCAACCUAAGUUUUUUCGUUAAACCAUAACAAUCGAGAAAAAUCUAUUGAAACAUGCUACAAGUCUAGAGGUUGCAAGAUAAAAUCAAUCCAUUAAAAUUUUCUGCACAAUAUUUUUACGUUUUAAACUAUGGAACUGUAGGAGAAAUUCAUCUGAGCCAAUUUCAGAGUUUAAAAUCAUCCUAUUAAUACUUAAAUGAAUUUUAUACGACUUAUGAAUGAUCAUCUUUGAAAAUUUUAAUAGGCACCAGUACCAGAUCAUAGAAGGAAAUGGGACAAAGAGGUGUAUGAAAAAUUGGCACAGGAGCGCCUCAAGGAAUUAGAAGAUGAUACCAGUGACAGUGAGGAGGAGCGUGCAGCUCCUGUUAAAAGGGAGCUUCUCAAACCUCGUGAUUAUAAGGUGAGAUUGCUUUCAUUUUUCAGUACUGGAAAAUCUUAAUCUGAGGAUGAAGCAAUAUAUAUAUUUUUUAAAAUAUACUAAAUAUUAGAUAUUCUUAAUUAACUUUUGGUAUAUUUGUCAUACAGGUUGAUCUUGACUCAAAACUUGGCAAGUCUCAAGUAAUCACUAAGACAACACCAGCUUCACAACAAGGAGGGUAAGGCAACUUUUAAAUCUUUUGACUAUAUUACCAAAAAUUUAAUUUUGUUAUAUUAUUUUUUAAAAUGCAAUUUUGCGAGGAAAUUACUUUUUAGGUCAGAUUCUCUCUUAAUUAAACUGUAGAGAGGAUCACUGAAUAAAAAAAAGCUCCAAUUAUUGAAUUAUUUCAAAUUUUUACUUCCUUGUUAGCAAUGUUAGAAGUUAAUAAAAAAUAAAGCAUUUUCAUUAUUUAUUUACAUGAUUAAUAAUAAGCAGAGGCACUGCAUUCAGCGGGAUUUACUCUGAUGUAAUUGUUAUAUUUUAUUAUUUAUAUUAUAUAGUGAGGCAAAUUGUACUAUUUAUUCGCCACAAUUGUGUUUAUUUUGGAAAAAGAUUGCCCACCUUGGUCUAGGAAUAAUAUUUCAAUAAUGAUACGUUUCACAAUGUUGGGAGGUCAAAUCAAGACUCCACCAAAUGUUCUCAUGUAAUGAGCAAAGCUAUAGUACUAUUACGCACUGUGUGCAGGAAAGAUGUUCAUUUUUGUGCACCAAUAAAAACUUAAUUAAACGUUUAAGACAGAGCCAGCCACAGCCCAAAAUCAUGAUUUUUAAUAAAAUACAUAGUUACUUCAUAGAAACUAAAACAUUCAGUAGCUAUGCUGAGUGACAUGUCACUAUUCUUUGCAAUAUUUCAAUUUCAGCUAUUAUUGCAAUGUGUGUGACUGCGUUGUCAAGGAUUCAAUAAACUUUCUCGAUCAUAUCAAUGGAAAAAAACGUAAGACAGCUGCAAUGAAGUGCCUUUUGAGUUUAUUUUUUAAAAAAUAACUCAUACUACACUAAUUAAAGACUAAACUUAUUUUUAAAAAAAUAAUUUGAAAUGACUUAAGAAUAAUUACUUUGGUUGAAGGUUAAUACAUAUUGUUAAAAUGGUUAAAAAUCAACUUCACCAACGAUAACAAUUAGAUUAGAAUAUGUUUUAUCCAGUUAAUCUUUUAGGCACCUUAUAAAUAAUUUAAAAAAAAUUAAUUACAUUUUUCACUUUUAAUAUUAUUAGACCAACGCAAUUUGGGUAUGUCCAUGAAAAUUGAAAGGUCAUCAUUGGAUCAAGUGAAAGCAAGAUUCGAACUAAACAAAAAGAAAAAGGAGGAAAAGAAAAAAGAUUAUGAUUUUGAAGAAAGAGUCAAGGAGCUUCAAGAAGAGGUGAGCAAUUCAGUUAUUCUAAAUCAUUAAUAAAUAUGCAAGAUUUGGUAAUAUGUUUUGAAAGUAUCUUCUUGAGUUUUAAAUAUUUCUUUUCAAGAUGAAGUCUUAUCAAAAGUGUGCAGGAAACACCAUAAACAUAACUUAUCUAACCUAUUCUUUUCAGUUAAAGUAAACAAAUCCCACUUUUUUUUAUUUUUGGAAAAAAAUUCUGGACGCCUUGACAUUUUAUUAGUCCAGUGAUAAAUGUUUUGUGUUCCUUCUUGGACUUGAUUAUUUGAAUAAAGCUUUAUAAAUAGAAGUUAUGCAAGCACCAAGAAGUUUAUAAAAGUACUCAAUUAGAUACAGCCCCAAUGGGCUUGAUCUGCUCUAUAUGGUGAGGGAUAAUUUUAAAAUCUCACUAUUUGCCACUUCAAUUCAUUUUCAGGGGAGCACAUUAAUUAUGGAACAUUUGUAAUAUAAUAUAAUGUAUACAAAAAUUAUUUUUUUCCCUGAAUGCUACUUAAGAAGAAUAAAUAUACAAGUACAAGUUAGAAAACAUGCACUAGCAGUUCCACAUCAUUAUCAUUGCAGGAAGAAAAACAGAAAGCAUACAAAAAAGAAAAGAGGAAAGAUAGAAAAAGAAAAGCUGAUGACUCAGGAGAUGAGGGUGAUCCAGACAUGUCAGCAUUGAUGGGAUUCUCUGGAUUUGGAGGAUCUUCCAAGAACAAUUGAUUUUUAAUCAGUGUAUUAAACAAUGUACAGAUUCAUUUGCAAUGCUAAUGGAAAUAAGGUUAUAAUAAAUCUAUUUAAAUGUUCCUCUCUUAUUUUGAAGAAAUGAUUAAAAUACAUUUGAUUAAACUUAAACAAAUCAGAAGAAAAAAAAAAAUAUAUAUUUUAUGACCAACUAAUUCAACUAUGCUGUUUUUGUUCCCUCAUUUGAUAAAGGUGACAAUUCUUUAUUGAGUAUAAAAACUCAUGAAACUCCAGGCACUGAAUUUUUAAAAACACAGCUAACUACUCUAAAAGCACUUCUUUAAUGCACCCCAAUUGAUCCUAAGCCUUUGAAACAUUUUAAAAAAAAGUUUAAGUCUUAAUCCUUUUUAUUAAAUGUACAGUAAGUUUGAAAAUUUAUAUGUGAUCUUAAGCAAGCAUUUGCUUAAAAAAUAACUUUUAAAAAAAAUGUGCAGGCAAGACAAUUUUUUUGACAAACCUAAUAAACCUUUCCCUAAAGCUAAAUAAUGGAGUUUGCAUUAAGUCUCUUCAUUUUUCAUUUGUGAAGAUCUCAUAAAAUUCACAUUUUAAAAAGACUGCAGCAUAUUUCUUUCAAGUUCCUUAAAUAUUAAAUUAAUAAUUGCUAGUCAAAACAUUUCCAUUGCAUUGUUGUUGACUUAGUUUUGUAAAUAAAUUAAUGUGUAACUAACUUUUCUUUGUUUUUUUAUUUUAAUCUUUACAAAAGUUAAAAGGCUUGUGCUCAAAAAGCGUCAGUUAAAUAGAACUGUAUGUAUCUUGUAUCUUGUAGUCAUUCUACUUGAAUACAAAAAUUUAUAUUGCAUUUUUUGCUAAAGUUGGUAAGCGCUAGUACUAUGGUUUAUCAUUUCACUGGAAAACAAAUGAAGUUUUCCUGAUUACGGGAUAACAUUAAUUUCAUCAAAAAUAUAUUUUAAACUGAAUUAAACUAUAUAAAGAAGUUGAU